AUGGGUCGUGAGUGGGAGCUUAGUUUCCGUCUGGGUAUGCGACCUUGGAUUGCUGUUGCAUAUUCAGCUCCUGUUGCAGCUGCGACUGCUGUUUUCUUGAUCUACCCAAUUGGUCAAGGAAGCUUUUCUGAUGGUAUGCCUCUAGGAAUUUCUGGUACUUUCAACUUCAUGAUUGUAUUCCAGGCUGAGCACAACAUCCUUAUGCACCCAUUUCACAUGCUAGGCGUAGCUGGUGUAUUCGGCGGCUCCCUAUUUAGUGCUAUGCAUGGUUCUUUGGUAACCUCUAGUUUGAUCAGGGAAACCACAGAAAAUGAAUCUGCUAAUGAAAUCCUUGGUUAG